GAAACUCUUCACGCACGCGUCCACACGCACACGCACUACGGGUGUAUAGGCCGCCAGCAGAGAGGGAGCGAGAGAGAGAGAGAGAGAGAGAGAGAGAGAGAGGAGCGCUCAGAAACAGAAAGGUGCACAGAAAAGAGCGCACGCCAUAAAGUGGGAGACGCAGGAGGAGGACGGUGCCACUGAGAGCAUCUCCCGCGCGCACCUCUUCAUCCCGCUCACGGAUCUUAAACGUCUUCACCUUCAUCGCGUUGCUCCCAGAGAGAUUACAACUCCGCUUCAGAGCCUUUUUUCUGUCCUCGUUCUUUUUUUUUUUUGUUCUGGGAGAGACGCGAUUCCCUGGAAGAGUUUUCGUUAAUCUCUCUCCCCUCCGACCUCCCCCUCCUCCCCCCCUCCACCCCUCGGGAAGUUUUUAAAAAGUAAAGCCCCAGUUAGUUCCAGGGCUCGCCUUCACUUUUCUUUCCACGUGUGCCGGCUUCACUUUUUAAGCCACCGACCCACAAACGAGACCAAAGAUGAGAUUCCAAACGUCCGGACCGUCCCCGGCCGCGUCCGCCCGCCGCCCCGAGUGCUUGCAUUAAAUCCGAGUGGGUUCCGACGCGCUUUGCGCGCGGAGGCGUGACACCGAAGACACGGGGAGCCUCACCUGCAGCAUCUCCCCAGCUCGGCCGGGUCCCACCCGCACACUAACGAGAACUCUCUCCCCGAAUGACACAACCGCACCGCGCCUCAUUCAUUCGGGAGACGCGCCCGCCGCGGCUUUGGAGCGCGUAAAGGCGCAUUUCAGAACUUUGUAAAAGAAAAAGAAAAAAAAGAAAAGAAGAUCAUCCCGGCCGAUUUCCUGUCGCGAAUACAAAGUUGACAGAGCUCCGCAGAGGCCGCCGGGCUCUCCAUCACCAUGCUGUUCGACACCUUCGACCUGGUCUCGGCUCUGGCCACCCUGGCCGCCUGCCUGGUGUCCAUGGUCCUGCUCCUCGCCGUCUCCCAGCAGCUGUGGCAGCUCCGGUGGACGGCCACGCGGGACAAGAACUGCAAGCUGCCGAUGCCCAAAGGGUCCAUGGGCUUCCCUUUCAUCGGCGAGACGUGCCACUGGCUCCUGCAGGGUUCGGGCUUCCACGCGUCGCGGAGGCAGAAGUACGGCAACGUGUUCAAGACGCACCUGCUGGGCCGCCCGCUGAUCCGCGUGACGGGCGCCGAAAACGUGCGCAAGGUGCUGAUGGGCGAGCACACGCUGGUGACGGUGGACUGGCCGCAGAGCACCGCCACGCUGCUGGGACCCAACUCGCUGGCCAACAGCAUCGGGGACAUCCACCGCAAGAGGAGGAAGGUGUUUGCCAAGGUGUUCAGCCACGAGGCGUUGGAGUCCUACCUCCCGAAAAUCCAGCAGGUCAUCCAGGAGAGCCUCCGAGUGUGGAGCUCCAACCCCGAGCCCAUCAACGUCUACAGGGAGAGCCAGAGGCUGUCGUUCACCAUGGCGGUGAGGGUGCUGCUGGGCUUCAGGGUGUCGGAGGAGGAGAUGAGGCACCUGUUCUCAACCUUCCAGGACUUCGUGGACAACCUGUUCAGCCUGCCCAUAGACCUGCCCUUCAGCGGCUACAGGAAGGGCAUCCGCGCGCGAGACACCCUGCAGAAAUGCAUAGAGAAGGCCAUCAGGGAGAAGCCGCUGCGCUCUCAGGGGAAGGAUUACAGCGACGCGCUGGACGUCCUGAUGGAGAGCGCCAAGGAGAACGGCACCGAGCUCACCAUGCAGGAGCUGAAGGAGUCCACCAUCGAGCUGAUCUUCGCCGCCUUCGCGACCACGGCCAGCGCCAGCACCUCACUCAUCAUGCAGCUCCUGCGCCACCCGGCCGUCCUGGAGCGCCUGAGGGAGGAGCUGAGGGCCAGGGGCCUCCUCCACAAUGGUUGCCUCAUGCCAGGAGAGCUGACGCUGGACACCAUCGUGAGCCUCAAGUACCUGGACUGUGUCAUCAAGGAGGUGCUGAGACUCUUCACGCCCGUCUCGGGGGCCUACAGAACCGCCAUGCAGACAUUCGAGCUCGACGGAGUGCAGAUCCCAAAGGGCUGGAGCGUAAUGUACAGCAUCCGCGACACCCACGACACCGCCGCCGUCUUCAAGGACGUGGACGCCUUCGACCCCGACCGCUUCAGCCAGGAGCGGUGUGAGGACAAAGAAGGCCGCUUCCACUACCUGCCCUUCGGCGGCGGCGUGCGCUCCUGCCUGGGCAAGCAGCUGGCCACCCUCUUCCUCCGCAUCCUGGCCAUCGAGCUGGCCAGCACCAGCCGGUUCGAGCUCGCCACCCGGCAGUUCCCCCGCGUGGUCACCGUGCCGGUGAUGCACCCCGUCGACGGGCUCAAGGUGAAGUUCUUCGGCCUGGACUCUAACCAGAACGAGAUCAUGGCCAAGUCGGACGAGCUGCUGGGAGCGACCGUUUGAAGGGCGGCGAGUCGGCGAGUAGGGGGGGGGAGGGGGUGAAGA